GAAUUAGGCUUUGAUGAUUUUUCACGUCCGAUGAGUCGACUAAUUACUCGCCUUGUGUAUCUUAGUCAGAAUGUUCCCCCUGGUUCUUAUCUACUAGAAGUAUCUUCGCGAAGAUAUCUGUAUCCAAGGUUAAGAGUGAACGUGGAUGCUUCGGGGAUCCAGGCAUUCAUCACAAUACUGGGUGCCGAUUGGCCUGAUAAAAUUAACACAAACGCUCAACAUCCUAACGUAAAUGCACUCAAGACCGCGAACGCACUGCUUUAUCCACUCGAAUUGAAAGCAAGGACCAUGGCAGAUUACUUUUCGCCUCGGGAGAGCUUCAGUAUUGCUAGCUUGUUUGCCAAUCCACUAAUUAUCAUGAUGGGAGUUAGCAUUGUGUUGUUGGUAGUUAUGCCAAAGAUGAUGGAAGGACUCGACCCGGAGGCUCUAAAGGAAUUACAGGAAAAUCAACCACAAAAUUCACUUGAAAUGCCAGAUAUUUCUGGUGCAUUGGCUAACUUUAUGACGGGAAAGAGUGACACGAAGAGUAAGAAGAACUAG